AUUCCACCUGCUGGAUAUGGUUAGCUGAGCUUUUGGAGCUAGAACCAAGGAGGACGUAUAUAUUUAAAUAGAAAUUCACUCAAAUGGAAUACACCUGUUACGGACAGGGUUUUCCUAUUUGGAACAUUUUUCUAUGAAAACGGUUUUAGUGGUACGGUUGCUGAAAAACAAUUGAGUGGUUUUGCUGAGGUAAAGAUAAGUAGGAUGCGCUCAUUUCCUCGUCGAUUUGCUCUUCCUCUGAAGUUGGCAAUAGUAGUUGUAGCUCUUUCGUUGACGCUGUUGCUGGUGAUACAAAGAAACGUGAAGGCUUUGACCAUCCCCGAACCAUGGGUCCAGGUGUUAUCUGUCCAACACAGACAGGUGUUUGGCGUGGUCAGAGAUGUAGUCAAUAAAAUGGCACAUCAGAUAGCAGCUCCAUUAUUCCCGUCUUCGGGGCUUUCAGCAACACCUGCAAAUGCUAGCUGCCUCCCUGGGUUCUACAGCACUGUAGAACUCAGGCCUUACCUGGAAAGACCAUUCGAUGAACCACAGGGACCAGGUGCCAAUGGUGAUGCCUUUAUUUCAGGCCAGAUGACUCCCGCAGAGCUGAGAGAGAUGCAGGAAGGCAUGACCAAGAACUGCUUUAAUCAGUUUGCCAGUGAUCGCAUCUCCCUGCAUCGUAGCUUGGGCAAUGACACGCGUCAGCCUGAGUGUGUGACACAGAAGUUCAGUCGAUGCCCAGGCUUGCCUACCACUAGCGUUAUAAUUGUGUUCCAUAAUGAAGCAUGGUCGACUCUUCUACGUACCGUCUUCAGUGUUUUACACACCUCACCUGCUAUCCUGCUGAAAGAGGUUAUCCUGGUGGAUGAUGCAAGUACACUGGAUCACCUGAAGGAGCCCCUGGACCUGUAUGUUCAGUCACUGGAGCGUGUGCGCGUCAUGCGGCAGCAUGAGAGGAAAGGGUUGGUCGCGGCCAGGCUGUUGGGGGCCGAGGGAGCUCAGGGGGAUAUUCUCACAUUCUUGGAUUCCCAUUGUGAAUGUUUUUAUGGCUGGCUGGAACCUCUCCUUGCACGGAUUGUACAACAACCCAAUGCGGUCGUGAGCCCUGAACUAGCCAUCAUUGACCAAAACACUCUAAAGUUUAACAAGCCUGUUUCUACUGUCAGUGCUCGAAGCCGUGGCAACUUUGACUGGAACUUGAGCUUUGGAUGGGAGAAUAUACCUGAACAAGAGAGGCUGAAGCGUAAAGAUGAAACGUACCCUUUGAGAACUCCAGUUUUUGCUGGUGGCUUGUUCUCCAUCUCCAAAGCCUUCUUUGAGCACAUUGGGACCUAUGAUGACCAGAUGGAGAUUUGGGGAGGAGAGAACAUAGAAAUGUCCUUCAGGGUGUGGCUCUGUGGAGGCCAGCUGGAGAUAAUUCCUUGCUCUGUGGUUGGUCAUAUCUUCCGUUCCAAGAGCCCUCACUCCUUCCCCAAGGGCACAGAUGUGAUCGCUCGAAACCAGGUGCGUCUGGCCGAAGUCUGGAUGGAUGAGUACAAAACAAUAUUCUACCGUAGGAACAGAAAAGCUGCUGCUAUUGCCAAAGAGAAAUCGUAUGGGGACAUAACUGAACGGCUUAAACUCAGAGAAAGGCUAAACUGUAAAAACUUCUCUUGGUACCUGGAAAAUGUUUAUCCAGAAGCAUUUGUACCGGAUCUGGAACCUGCCUUGUUCGGAUCGCUUAAGAACCUUGGCUCAAAAAAUUGCCUUGACAUUGGUAAUAAGAAUCCUGGAGGAAAGGCAGUUAUACUUUACAUGUGCCACAACAUGGGUGGAAAUCAGUAUUUUGAGUAUACAUCACAUCAGGAGUUACGACACAACACUGGGGCGCCCUUAUGUCUCCAUGCAACUGUGGAGCCAGAGCCUGUCAGAGUGGAGCUGUGCAGCUUUAAAGGACAUAAAACUGUCCCUGCCCCUCAACAGGAGUGGACCUUCAUGGUUUUAUCCCCACAGAUUUACAUGCUGAGCAAUACAGUGUUUGGCAAGUGCCUAACGGUGGAGGGGAGUAAAGUAAUCAUGAGAGUCUGCAGUACUGCUAAUCAAUACCAGUACUGGACUUUCAUCUGAACUGCAGAUGUGCACCUUUUUUUUUUUGAGAAAUUUUGCUGGAACUGAAAACUGUCGUGUUGUAAGACAGAGUCUGAAAUAAUACUCUGCACUUCAUCAUGGAUCACUCUGGCAACUGCACUGCACUUUUGUCAAAUACUGGUUGUAUGUUAUCCCUUUUAUGUUUGUAUUUAUGAGGGGAAAGGAAAGAUUAUUGUCUGGGAAUCAUAAAUGUCUGAUAUGUUCUUAAUUGUCAUGUCUAUUUGGUGAGAGAAUAAAGAAAAUGAACUGAAAGUUUCACAAGCCAGGACCUGUUAUCAGGUAUGAUGGAAAAAUUAAUUUACAUAAUAGUAUCAAGGCAUUGGGGUGUGUAGAUUCAAAUAGUCUUGGACAUAUGGAUCUGAAUAUAUGAUC